GUUGGCAAUCGUCAUUCUCUCCCGAGGAAAGUGUGGCCUCUCCAAAUGUAUCACCCGCUACCUGGUAUCCAUGGCCGUAGCUGAUCUAAUGGUUCUGAUCUUCGAGCUAACCUGUUGGCAAUCGUCAUUCUCUCCCGGGGAAAGUGUGGUCUCUCCAAAUGUAUCACCCGCUACCUGGUAUCCAUGGCCGUUGCUGAUCUAAUGGUUCUGAUCUUCGAGGUAAUUCUUUCAGAGAUGGCAGGUGCCUAUUAUCCGUAUUCAUUCCUCAACCUAUAUCACAUUUGUAAGCUGCGUAUUUUGUUUAAUUGUAUUUCCAUUGAUUGCUCUGUCUGGCUAACGGUGACGUUCACCUUCGAUCGAUUUGUCACUAUUUGUAAUCAGAGUUUACGAGUAAAAUAUUGCACUGAGAAAACUGCAGCUGUGGUGAUAACAGUAACGUGUAUCUUGAGUAUUAUUCAAAAUAUUCCAGUGUAUAUUUUCCUCGUACCUCUGUAUAUAAUUGAUAACGUGGCUUGGUACUGUUGGGUACCAACAGAUGUCUACGCCACACCGAUAGGGGCAGCACUUUCGGUCAUGGAAACCAUUGUAACCCCAGUUAUACCAAUGUUACUGAUUAUUCUCCUAAACGCCCUGACAAUCAAACACAUUAUACACUCCAAUAGAGUGAGGAGUGGCCUCCGACGGGAUAACAAAGCCGGGAGCGGCGCAGAUCAAGAGGUGGAGAACCGACGGAAGUCCAUCAUUCUAUUGCUGGCCAUAUCCGGUAACUUCGUACUACUGUGGAUGGUGACCUUCGUGUGCUUCAUGAGUGUAAACUUCCUAGACGUUCAUCUUUUAGGGUCAGAUUACAACGACCCAUUCACCAUUGCAGAACUGUCCGGAUACAUGCUGAGAGCCGUGAGUGCUUGCACCAACACCUUUAUUUAUGGGGUGUCCCAGAACAAAUUCAGGGAGGAAUUUAAAAAUGUAAUUAAGAGCCCAUUCGUUUUGUUGUUCAAAUCAAUAAAGUGUCUGUAAUG